UCACAAGAUGCACGCGUUCGUCCUUGGCGGGUCAAAGAACAUCGGCUACUAUGCCUCCGUCCGGCUCCUCGAGCAGGGCGCGUCGAUCACCUUCCUCCUCCGCAACACGUCUGUGUUCGACGAAGACGCGAAGCUCCAGUCCUACAUCAAGGACGGCAAGGUGCGCCUCGUCAAGGGCGACGGCACCAACCUCGAAGAUGUCCAGAAAGGCUGGGAAGCCGCGCUCGAGCACGGCAACGGCACUCUCGACCUCGUUCUCUUCAGCAUCGGCGGCCUGCCCAACCUGAGUCUCAAGAAAGGCAUCGUACUCGCCACGCCCGACCUCUGCACGCGCUCGCUCCUCAACCUGUUCCGCACCAUCCCCGCAUCCCUCCGCGCGCCCUCCGCCCAGCCGCGCCUCGUCGCCAUCACCUCGCGCGGCAUCACGCCCACCUCGCACGCCACGCUCCCCGCCGCCCUCCGCGCAUUCUACAGCCUCGCGCUCGGCGCGCCGCACGACGACAAGUACGGCGCCGAGCGCGUGCUCGCGCACUGCAUGGGGGUGCCCUGGACGCAGCCCGCCGUCAAGCCCGCGAUUCUCCCCACGGGAUGGGAGGCGCUCCCCGGUCUCCCUGCGGAGGGCGGGUACCGGCGGGUGCUGAUCGUGCGCCCGUCGCUGCUGACGGACGGCGAGUGCCUCGGGGACCGGGGCCCGAAGAAGGGCAAGGCGCCAUACAAGGCCGUCGCGGGCGAGGUCGAUGGUGGAUACACGGUCUCGCGGCGCGACAUCGCGCACUUCAUCGUUCAGGAGGCCCUCCCGCAUUGGGACCAGUGGGAGGGCAAGGGGGCGUGCGUGGUAUACUGAGCGACGAACCACGAUGAUGUUCUGUUUCUAAGGUAUAAUGAUACUAAUGUAUGAUCGCAUGUAUACCCAAGAUCACCAUUCCCAUAUUUAAUGAGGGC